AUGGUGACGUCGGCGGUAGUAAUGACCGUCGUCUGGUCUUCCACCACGGCUGCAGACAGCAUAGGCUACUUCGUCGAUCUCUUCAACGUCUGCCUCUACGCCUCGCCCCUUGAGCUCGCUUGGAAGGUGCUGCGCACCCGCUCAACGUCGGGCAUGUACCUGCCGUUGAGCAUCACCAUCGCGGCGGCGGCGGCGCUGUGGGCGACCUACGGCUACCUUACCUCGGAUUGGUUCGUCGCCGCCCCGCAGUCGGUAGGCUUCCUGGCUGGGCUCGCGCAGCUGUCGCUGUUCCUGAGAUUCGGGAUCGCGGACAACAACCAACCGUCAGAGGGCCAAGCGCUGGAACCGGACGGCCAGUCAGGGGACAGAAGUAGUCCUCCUGGCCCUGGCGACGGCGCAGGCGCAGGAGUUCCCGCAGCAGCGGCAGGCGGUGGUGAACCGGGGAGGAGGCUGUCAGAUGGAUCCGAGCCACCAACAAGUGGCAGCCCUGGAGGCGAGGGGGGAAGGGUUGGGGGGGAGGGGGGACAGCUCAGAGAGCCCCUCAUCACGGGGACAUGA